AUGACGCUUCUCGAGGAUUUCUUUGACUGUGCAUUGGUGAUUAGCAAGUGCAGCAAUGAAGGGAAGAAAGAGCUGGUGAACUUAUUUCUACCUGAACUAGGGCAUCUUGUGACGGAAGUAAAUGUUUGCUGCGCCCUGCGGCAGGAGGCUUUGAGGACUCUCAACUCUAUACUGGACAGCGUACCGCGAGAGGAGAGAAAGAAAUUUCCUCUGUCCGAAGAGCUGUGCUCGCUCACGAAAGAUCUUGCAAAAAGUAUUCUGGAGGUUGGUGACUAUGACCUUCAGGUUGCCCUUUCAGAAGCUCUUUGUAGGCUAAUGACAAAAAAAUGGAGGGAUGACCUUGUUCACCACUGGUUUGAAGAUAAUUAUCUUGCUGAAGCUUUCAAAGAGAUCAAGGAUAGAGAAUUUGAGACGGACUGCAGAAAAUUUCUUAAUCAACUAAACGAGAGGCUUGGGGAUGAAAGAAGAGUCUAUUCGUUCCCUUGCAUAUCUGCUUUUGCUGACAUGAAUGAGGUGAAAAAGCCCUCGGACGAGAAGCUGGAGGAGUUCUGGAUUGAUUUCAACGCUGGCAGUCAGAGCGUGACUUUCUACGUAGACAGUAGCGAGGGUGCUCUGUGGGACUCGGUGAGGCUGUCAAAAGAAGAAGUCAGUAGUUACAGCCUGAGGGAGAAGGAUGGAGAAAAGAUCGUUAAAAUUUACAUGAAGGUUCCUGCAAUUCUAAACAAAAAUGAAGCAACAAAAAUCAAAAUAUUCUUUAGUGCUGAGUUUGAGAUAUUAGAUGUACUCAAAAAAGUCCUGGGAGAUGAAAAAAUGAUGAUAAAUGUGGCUGAUGAGGAGCCCAUCCAUGCUGGGGAGCAAGCCAGGCAGAAUGAAACAGUAAUACUUGAGCCCAGUAAUCUACAGAGGAAGAGAAAUCCUUCAAGCUCUGAAAACAUAGACUCCCUCUCGGAUACCCUAGCCGCUCAGCACAGCGAGCAGUUAACAGACACUCAGAACACGGUUACCUCUGUGUCCAUGAUCACAGUGAGCCAGCAGACUGACUUGGAGGAUGCUAACCCAGCAAAAAAACCCAAAACUCCAUCUCCAAGGAUGAAAGUUAAGCCCAGCGAGAAGCCCCUAGAAGAAGAGCCUGCAGAGGAGUCGACACCAAAGGUACCUCAGAUCUCUCCGUGCCCGAAGGAUGGCGCCCGGGAAAAGAGAAACAGAAAAUCAAGUUUGGUCAAGCAGAAGACUGAAACCAGGAAGGAUUUCUAUGACUUUGAAAAUUCAGAUUCUGCAAGCCACGAAAAGGUUGCUGAAGCCAAAGGAAAGAUCCUUGGACAGAAGCCUUCCUCACAAAAUCAGAGGGGGCAUGAAACGGAGAGCAAGACUCGGGGCUCGAGCAAGCUCGAGGGAAGGCGGUCUGAUUACAGGAAACAUCUUUUCUCUGAAAGUAAUAGCGAAAAUGCAAGCACUGGCCAGAGCGAAAAAAGCUGGAUCCUUGACUCUCAGAAACGGUCCUUACCAAGGUCCCUCGAUUACACCCGAAAAAGGCCUAGGGUCAGAAGUAAAUUAAAAGUACUUCCAGUGUCUUCCGCAAGCAGCGGCAGUGAUUACCAGACAAAAAAAUUGGAAGCUUCAAGGCCGAGAUCUCAGAAGAAAACAGUAAAGAAAAAAGGCGCAUCUAAUGCCAAAGGAGAAGAUUUAGCUGCUGUGGAAGUUGCUGAUGAAACACACUCAGAGCUAGAAAGGGAGCCGGUAUCGUUUAAUGCCUCUGCUGAGGACUAUUCCAAUAUUGAAGAGAAGCCGACACAGAAGUUUCCUGAUGCGUCUGGAAAAUCAUCAAGAGAAGGAGAAAUGUUUAAGCGUAAGGACUCAGAUGUGUUAGCUGGCACUGUUUUGAAAAGGCCUAAGCUUUCCAGUUGGGAAACAAGUCACUUAUCCUCUGACGCUUCCUACAAGCCGAGGAGACUUUUCAACUCAAUAGAGAAGGAACAGGAGACCAAAGCAGGUAAAAAAAUGGAUGAAAUGGAUGACACCCUUUUUUCCAAGAUACUGAGUGAAGAUGUCAGUGAUUCUGGGGUUAUUACUGCAUUUGAAAGCUUUACUGGCCAACUAAAGAAAUUGUUCUGGUCCAGGUACAAAAGGAUGGAGGGUUGCGCGCAGAACGCGCUGAGGACUUCUGAGAAGAACAUGUCGGCCUUAUUAAAUCAGAUACAUGAGUGCAGGCUGAAUAAGCUGGAAACCUUCCAAAAGAUUGUUGUUGAGGAGCUUGCCAGUCUUGAGAAGGAAACUCAAGUCUUAGCAAACCUGGAGAAAGAUGCAGUGGACUUCUGGAAUGCACAGGCUCUCAAACUGAAUUCUUUCUGUAACCAGCAGAAGCUACGAAUUCAGUCUGUUGACUCAGCCCUGGGUGAAACAGCACAGAGUUUUGUUGAAACUAUCCAGAAUACAACGUAUGAACGCCCAGUGCGGAAGGCAGCAGAAAACAAUGUGUUCAUUGUUCCUUCUGACUAA